AUGGGUUUUAGAAAUGGAGAUAAGAAGGCUGAAGAGUCUUCCGAAGAGCCAAAAGGACAAUCGUUAAGCAGAAAGAAUAGCCACAACUCUUUGUAUCUGACAGAAGAUGAAGAAGAAGAAGACGAAGACAGGAAGCUUGAACUUGGUCCCAUGAUCGCUCUGAAAGAACAACUUGAGAAAGACAAGGAUGAUGAAAGCUUGAGACGAUGGAAGGAACAACUUUUAGGCAGUGUGGAUCUCGAGGAGGUCUCAGAGACUCCGGAUCCGGUGGUUAAGAUACUAAACUUAACAAUUAGGUCACCGGAUAGAGAAGACAUGGUAUUGACUGUUCCGGAAGACGGAAAACCGACGGCAAAAGGACCAUGGUUCACUCUCAAAGAAGGCUCUAAGUACACUCUCGUAUUUACCUUUCGUGUGACCAACAACAUUGUGUCGGGUCUCCGGUACGUCAAUACGAUUUGGAAAACUGGAAUUAAGGUGUAUAGUAAAAAGGAGAUGCUAGGAACGUAUAGUCCACAGGCAGAACCGUACAACCAUGUCAUGUUUGAAGAAUCAACGCCGUCUGGUAUGCUUGUUAGAGGCUCUUAUUCCGUUAAAUCCAAGUUCAUCGAUGACGAUGAUAAGUGCUACUUGGAGAACAACUACACCUUCGACAUACGCAAGAACUGGCUGACAUAA